AUGUUGUUGAGCUACCACAAUGCCUAUGCCGAGAUCGUUCAACACUUGAAUCAAGAAGUGCUUGCUUAUGUCAGUUCCACGCAAUCCGAGACGGACGAAUUUAACGGGUAUAAACUCUGGCAGCUUCUCAGAAAAAAAUAUGCCGGUAACGAUCUCACUUCUCGAACAACUGCCCUUAAGAAAUACCUUGCGAUUGAAUACGACUCGUUCUCGUCGUUUCUCCCUCUUGUUCGAUCGGCCAACCAGAAGAUUGUGCUCUCCAAACUCGCUCUCGAUGAUCAAGUAAAGACUAUCCUAAUGCUCGACAAACUUCCUCAAAACUUUCACUCGUUGAAAACAAACAUAUCGAUGAAUUUUGAAUCACUACCGUUUGACGAAGUACUCAAGAAACUCGAGGAUUUCGCUGCUCAAAAUCAGUUAAAUGAGGACAAGAAAUCAUCGAUCCCAACUGAAGCAACUAUGUUUACCCAGUCCUCCAAUCCCGAGAUCAUCUGUCCUCAUUGCAAGCGAGGAUUUCGAGCAUGUUCCCACUGUUUCAAGAGUGGCCAUACCGAAGACAACUGUUUCCAAAAACAUCCCAAUAAACGAGCUCCAAAGUCGGUCACUUCCUCGUCCAAACAACACUCAUCCCAUAUGACUCGAUACACCCAGGAAGAUGAAGAAUACCUACAACAAAAAUAUCCCGACCUCCACCUUUGA